UUGACAUAUAUUUUGAUCGACGCCAUUUUUGUUCGGCUCAUCUUCACCCUCAGCAGAGAUGUUGACAAAGUUUGGGAAAAAAGCGACAACUCUUUUCCAUUUCUGUUCAGGGCAAAGCUCCGGCCGCUCAGUGCUGCUGAAGUCGAGGAUCAUGUCUUUAACUUCAGUGAGCUGUCCCACAGUCCCACUUUCCAAUGGUCUGCGCAUUCCAAUACUGGGAUUAGGCACAUCACACCGCGGUGGAUACUGUCAUGAUGCUGUUGUGUAUGCGCUCACUGACUGCGGCCUGCGACACAUCGACACAGCAAAGUACUACGGCUGUGAGGAGGAGCUGGGAAAGGCUAUCAAAGAAAGUGGAGUGCCGCGGAGUGAUCUGUGGAUCACCAAUAAACUGUGGUCCGCAGACUAUGGAUACGAAUCUGCAAAAAAGACCUGCCUUGACUCCUGCUCGAACAUGGGGCUUGAAUAUUUUGAUCUGUACCUGCUGCACUGGCCAGACGCGAUGAGACCUGGUUGUUCCAACAGGGAGAUAAGAGCUGAGACCUGGAGAGCUCUGGAGGAACUUUACAAGGACGGGGUGUGCCGCGCUAUUGGGGUGAGCAACUUCGUGGUCCACCACCUGGAGCAGCUGAAGGAAGACUGUAGCGUGGUGCCACAUGUUAACCAGAUGGAGUACCAUCCUUUCCAGCAGCCCAAAGACCUGAUGGAUUACUGCCGUCAGGAGGGGAUUGUGUUCACAGGGUUCAGUCCUCUGGCAAGGGGUGAACUCCUAAGCAACCCCGUUGUUUGCCAGAUAGCGGAAAAGCAUCAACGUACCCCCUCUCAGAUCUGCAUUCGCUGGAGUAUUCAGACCGGAAUUGUUACGAUACCGAAAUCCACCAAAAAGAGCAGGGUGCAAGAAAACUGGGAGGUGUUGAAGUUUCAGCUGGAGGAGGCGGACAUGGCCGCUUUGACGAGUUUGCAUGAUGGAAGACGUGUUUCUUGGGAUCCAGCAACUGUGGAGUAACAAAACGUAGAAAAGCGUGAGGUGUGUUUAGCCAAGAACCAGUUUUACGAGGAGACUCCAUGAUGUAAAGUUCAUACAUCUCCAGCUGCCUCUUCUGAAAAGGGUAAACCCAUCGGCACGUGUACACAAACUGCACACACACAGAAGGAUGGAAGAAGUUCAGAGUGGGUGUCUUGGUGGGAUUUUUCACUAGAUGUCUGUCUUGCAUGGUCACUCAAGUUUUUGAGGAUUUAACUGUACUUCAAGGGAUAUUCAGUGACUUGGAAAUGUUCUCGUGUCCAUUCCCUGACUAAUGUUUUGACUGUUCUUUUGUCUUCAUGGCGUUGGCAGGACUACGGAUGCACCAGUGGCUGGACCUUUCAGAUCCACGUCUUCAUGCUGCGUUCAUUCAAUAACUGUGUGACUUCCUGCACCAAUAGGCUGCACCUGUGUAGAAUUAGGCGAAUCACUCUAAAGGAGAUGAAUAUUUAUGCAAUGCCUUAUUAGAUACUUCACAGUUCUAAUAAAAUGACAUGACUUUGUAAAAAUCUGUCCUCACUUUGACACAGUUUGUUUUGUUGGAAAUAAAUGCAAAAAAAAAAAAAAAAAAAAGCCUGAAUAAUUAAUAAUUUAUAGGAACUGUAAAGCAAGGCAGACUGGAUAUUGCAAUCAUAGGUCAGUAGAUGAUAUUGUAAAAAAAUCUAAAUAAAUAUUAGCCUUUGCAGAAA